CGAAUAAGAGAACGUUCACGUAUUGGGCACGCCUUCUGUGGGCCCCUUCUCGUGCUCCAGGGCCAUCAGGGGCACUGCACAGGAUGGACAGGUUGUCCUUGGCCAGGCUCUGGCGUGACAGAUUUUCAGCGCCAGAGGCUCGGGAGCAAAGACGACGAGGACGACCCCCGACGUCCGCGCCCAGUCUGAGAAGCCCGUCGAGGAGCACCUCUACAAGGGCACCAUGGACUGCUUCAAAAAGAUCGCCUCGGAGGAGGGCAUGGCCAACGGUACCCGGCAAACCACUCUAUGUCUACGUCCUCUCCCCACCGACAUUUACUGCUCCUAGUGCGUCAAUGGCCACGCGGACUCUGGCUCGCCAGAGGUCUCUACAAGGGGUUCCUCGCCAACGUCGUCCGCAGGACCUGUCGGCGGAGCGCUGGUCCUCGUCUUCUACGACCGCGCCAAGAACAUGUUGGGCAUCUGAGCGGCCGGCGGCGCAACGCGUGUCGCAGCUGUUCUCCAGCAGGAGCACGCCUAUGA